GUGAACAAAUACACUCACCACUCUCUCUUGACAGUGUCCUGGAGGUCCGAGCGCCCACCCUUCCGGCCCUCAGAUGGCUCCCUCUGUCUGUCUGGUCCUCCUCCUGGCCGUCUUGCUCAGCCUGGCGGUGACCCCCGCCUCUGCACCCGUCCACCAGGGCCGAGGAGGCUGGACCCUCAACAGUGCCGGCUACCUCCUGGGUCCCGAGCUCCACCUUCUUCAGAGCAGGGACCACGGCAACGGGAAGAAGACAGCCCUGGAGGUCCUGGACCUGUGGAAGGCCAUUGACGGGCUCCCCAAUCCCCACCCUCAGCAGGCCACCAAGAAGAGUCCGAGGGAGACCUUGGCCAAACCAGAGACGGCAGACCCGGGCGAGCUCAGCAAGAAAGCUCCCAGGGAGGGAGAGGUCCUGCAGUCUUAGACGUCUCCACACCUCUCCUCUGCAUCCUUCUCUCCAGCUCCUCCUGAGCCCCCCUCUAGCUCCCUCCACUGAGACUAGGAUCUUGAAAUUAAGUCCCCAAAUCCUAUGUCGAAAAUUUGGAGUGUUGGCAGAAUUUCCCUCAAAAGUUCCCAGACUGUCUCGGGUUUCACUGAUUUUUCCUGGGCAUUGUUAACAAGCUCAAGAAUAAUUCUGGAACCAUUUGGUUAAUGUAAUCAGGGAAUAUUUCCGUAGUCCGUGUAAAGUGAUUGUAUUCUUUCA